GUCGCGACGUCCGACGUCCAGCUCGGACGGUCCAUAACCCCUGACGUUCCACGGCCCCGCUGGUAAAGAUCCGUCGGCGAUUCACGAGUGUUCGCGGAGUUCAUCAACCAGCUGGGAGCGAUCUGUCAGUUCUGUCAUUCUGUGUCGGUUACGGGGAAACGGCAUCGGCGGCAUAAUUCCUCCGGCGAAUUGUCCGACGACGGGAGUACGCGAGGAGGAUCCAGGGACGUUCGCCUCAACGUGCGACAGUCGCGGCGUUCUGUCAAUUGCAUUACGUCAGCGAUACUCUUCCGCUACCAGAUGCCACGAUGAAGAGGUCGUUGACUCGCUGAGGCCUCGUGGAUUGACCGAAGAUGUCAGAGCCCACGGACAGUCAGGUGGAACAGUGCGACAUAGUCCUGCCGAGGCAAGGUCUGCUGUAUCAGAACGACACGUUGAACUACAUCCUCUGUAAGCCAAAAUUGAUUCCGCUGAAAUCAGUGACGUUGGAAAAACUUGAGAAGAUGCAAAGGGAUGCGGAGAUUAAAGUCAAGGAGACGCAAGAGGCAGAGAGUAGUCUCGAUGCGAGCGCAUAAGCAUUUAACGGCGGCUGGAGACCCGUAGGAUUCGUCGGAUAUCACUGUCGCGCGAGAUAUUAAAGGCAAGAUGGCUCUCAGCGCGGUCGUAACGGAGAUGAUA